UAAUGAAGACUCAGGCACUUACUAUUGGAAUUAUCCUUUUAGCAUUGCUCCUAAAUAUUGAUGGAAAAAGGGUAGAAGUAACUAUCGAAACGGAUUCCCUGCAAAAGACUGAUGCACGGUUUACAGAUCUACUAAAGGAAAUACAAUCGACCUUCCAAAGUAGACCCCACAACACAGCGAACAAUGAGGAAUUCGAUAGAUAUUUCCGAAAUAUUUUAUUUGGCCUGAACUUAACCAUUUAUGAUCUCGGAACUAAAAUUGAUAUCUACACAGACUUCACAGUUUACAAUAAAAUACGAUUGGAACUCGAAAGAGAAAUGUUCAAAAAACUACAAGUGGCGGGGAGACUUCUCAAUUAUAAAAACCUUUUACCAAAGUGUCGUAGAUUCUUUUCGAAUCAACAAAUACAACUCAGAGCUAGCUUCAGUCUAUCUAACUUAAGGAAAUUGGAAAUACUACAUGACCCGAGUCCAGAUUGUGAAAACGUUGAAAUAGAAAAGAUUUUCGUUCCACCAACUGCAACUCCUAAGCCCAGAAAUCCAGAUAAAGAGAUUUAUGAUAUAUUGCAAAAAUAUAAGAAACGUCCCUGGGGAAAGCAAAAAUAUAUGGAGUUUGACAAACAAAUUUGGAAUUUGUUUAUGGCCUCCAAUAAAAAUAGCAAAUAUCAAAAAAUUAAGGCGGUGGACGUUUUCCUGGCAUAUGACGACGAUCGCGCAAAACUGGAUAAAAAUUUAGCGAUUCGAAUAGACAACUUUAAGCAAAUUAUUGCAACUGAACCACAUUCUGAGUGCAGAACCGACCUUAUACGCUUAAAUAGAAAACUAUCUCGAGCCAUGUUUAGCACCAUUGAGGAUAAACACACCAUCCUUGUUGCUACAAACUAUGUGCAAUCUUGUCUUUCGAAUCACAGGUAA